AUGUCAGACUUGGAAGCAUUGCUGCAGUUCAACAAAAGACGUGUGUCGAUGGAAAUGAUCGAGUUCCUGGCCUCGACAUCGAACUCGGUUAUUCAGGUGCGGACGGGCGAGUCCUCUGCGAAGGUGGUUUCAUUGGUGGACUUCAUCAAAGGGCUGGUGGUCCAAUCCAACGUUCAGACUCCAACGUUGAUGUCGACGGCCGUGUACCUGUCGAAGCUGCGCUCGAUUAUCCCAGCGAACGUCCAUGGCAUGGAGACUACGCGCCAUAGGGUGUUCCUGGGCUGCCUGAUAAUAGCUGCCAAGAACCUCAACGACUCGUCCCCCAUGAACAAGCACUGGGCCUCCUACACUAAUGGUCUGCUCAACACGCGCGAAGUCAACACCAUAGAGCGGGAGCUGCUAGAGUAUUUCGACUGGAACCUGCGAAUUUCCACGCAGGAUCUCGUUACGUGCCUCUCGCCAUUCCUGACGCCCAUCAAAGACCAACUGGUGUCGCAAAAGGAGGACUAUCUCUUUUUCAACUCGCCAGUGCCCAGCCGCAGCAGGUUGGCGGCUUAUCACGACUCGCACUCUCGCUCUUCAAGCGCUAUGUCUAUUCCAUCGCUGGUUUCGAGCGCUACAAUGUCUACGAUAUCGACUGGGGGGUCUAGAAGGACGCCACUACUGCCGCACUCGAAUUCAUCAAACAUCCACCGCAUUGACGAAAAUAGCUACACAUACCAGUCAACAAAGCCAGUCCCUGGCUAUGCAGCACCUUCUCUCGCAAAGCGUUCUCCUUCAAGACCUGAGAAAAGCCAUUUGGCGAGACCAAUUAUCAUGAAAACGGGAUUGCCUGGAUCUACACAAUCGGUUUCCAGUCAAAAUAAAUUCGGUAUCAAAUCCAACUGGGCAUCAAUAUUCAAGUAG